AUGCACACGUUUUGCAAUCCAGAAGCCUCGUUGUCUAAUAUUACUGAGGAAUUCGCUGUGAAAAUGUUUCAUAUGAAGAACACCUUCACGAUUCUACAGACAAUAUUUUGUCUGGUUGGUAUUAUUGGCAACAUCUUGAAUCUUCGCACACUGCAGAGUCCAUCCUUGCAAACAGUUCCAUUUAUGUAUAUCCGUUCGCUAGCACUUUUCGAUUUGGCAAUUUACCACUUUUCUUCAAGACCAAUUUUUUUCAGGUGCUUAAUGAUCUCACGUCCUCAUGUACAAUUAGUGUCAAAUCCUCGAAGAAUGGCUCACAGAAAAAUACUGGCGAUGGUCGCCGUCGCCGCCUUUCUUCAUCUACCGAUGAUGCUUCAAAAUUCUUUGAAAAAGAACGACGACGGCACCUAUCAAAUCACAAACAAUGUUGAUUUACUUUGCAGGGAACCUCACUGGACGGUUUUUAAUUACUACAAAAUGACACGGGAAUGCUUGCGGUUUUUCAUCGUCACCUUCAUGUCGUUUCUGAACGUAAUUAUAGCUCGUAAAUUGCAUUUAAAUAAGAUGCGUCGACGCCGACUCGUCAGACGACCAAUGCCAUUUGACAUGAAUUCACCAGACCACAAAAUGAUGAACCAGUGUUGCAGCAAUGACAGCACCACUUCAAGAAAACGGCGAGGAUCAAAUUUGGUGCGCAGUUUUUCCGAAAAAAAGCUCACAGUGCUCAUGGUGGCAAUUUGCGUAAUAUUCAUACUUGGCAAUAUUCCUCAAAUGCUCGUCAUGAUACUUCAAAACGAGGCCAUGGAUAACUUAUAUGGAUUUCAAUUGUAUCGCAACAUUGCCAACCUACUGGAGGUGGUCAAUCAUUGCUUAAACUUCUAUGUGUUUUGUAUGGCUAGUAGUGAAUAUACUCGGGCGUUCCUGCUGCAUUGUGUUUGUUUAACCAGCAUAAUGCUCAGAUUUUCACGUGUUGUUAAUUGUCCGGCAUCUGGAGGAAGUAGUAGGUUUGUUUUUGUUAUCUAUACGCAUUCCUUACUUAUAAACGACGAAGGUGCUAUAAAUUGA